UUUAACCAUUAAUCGACAGUUUUAGGUUUUCUUGUUGUAUAAAUAUUUUUCUUCUAUUAUUAAACAAUGUCCUGUAACAAACGUAGUUGACCAAUGUCGGACAUAGUUAUUCGGCUAAAAUGCCGUGCGGGGACGUUUCCGUUGACAGUUCCUUUGAAUUGUGCAAUAUCGGAUUUGAUAGAGCAAGUGUCGGCACUAAGUGCCAUACCAGUGUCCAGCAUUAAAAUAUUGUUGGGUUUUCCACCGAAACCAAUUCAAAAGUGUGAUGGUACAGUCGAAGAUGCAGGAUUGAAGUCUGGUGAUACGAUUAUAGCUGAGGUUAACUCGAGUGGUACUGAUAUUCAACAAGGCAAAGUGGAGAACGAGAAUAAAGUUCUAAAGCAUAUCACAGAGCAGGAGGUUGGAGACGGAUUGCCAUUGAUCUUGCGUAAAGUUGUACCAGCUGAUAAUUCUUGUUUGUUCACUAGUUUGGGAUUUGUGUUGGGAGGUAAAAUUGAUUUGACUAGUGGUAAUUAUAUGCGUGAAGUAAUAGCUAAUGCAGUAAACAGUGACCAAGCAUAUUUUAGUGAUGCAGUACUUGGGAAAUCAAAUGCAGACUACUGCGAAUGGAUAAGAAAUCCAAAUUCGUGGGGCGGUGCUAUUGAAGUGUCUAUAUUGUCAAAUUUUUAUGGUAUAGAAAUAGAUGUAAUUGAUACUCAAAGUGGUUCUAUUAGUAAAUUUGGCGAAGACAAAAGCUAUCCUCAUCGAGCAUUUCUCAUUUAUGAUGGUAUUCAUUAUGAUCCAUUAUACUUGGAAUCCUCUAAUUUACUUCCUGGAGAUGUUAUUCAAACAUUAUACCCAACAAAUGAUGAUCGUAUGUUAGAAGCUGCUCAAAUGUUAGCUAAUGAAGCUAAAUCUAGUAGACAGUAUACAGAUGUUAAUCGAUUUACUUUAAAGUGCCUGGAUUGUGGUUGUAUUAUGAUUGGACAAUCGCAAGCACAAGAACAUGCCAAAUUGACUGCUCAUACAAAUUUCAAUGAAUAUUAAUACAUUUAUUUGCAAUACUAAAUAGCGUUCACCUAUUUGUUUUUAACUUUUAUUACAUUUUAGUUCAUAAAUUACAUUUUGAUUUGGUGUUGUUA